AUGCAGUCGAUUAAAAACGUAGGACUUGGUGGUUAUGGUUUCGAUCCGAAUAUUUUAGCAACUUCUGGUUUUGCAUCCUGUAUUGCUGUCGUCAUCGAACUCGAAAAUACAAUUUUCUUUUACUAUGCAGAUUCAGUUGCAUUCAAUGCAUCUCGUCAAUAUUCGAAGGAUGAUGGCAAUAAUUUUUUGACGAAGAUCUUUCGCAAAGUCCGAUUUAAUGAUGAUAAUUAUUCGACAUUUCGAAUUCAAAUUGAUGAAAUACGCGAACAACAUUCAUUAACUACGCAUGAAGGCGAUACAACUUUACAUAAUAGUUCAUUUCAUUUGUUCAUUCUAGCCAUUAGGCUUAAUUUAAUUGGUUUUAAUUUGCCACCAAUUACACCACACGGUACGAAGAAAAUUGGCCACGAGGAUGAUAAUCUGAAUGAUUUUAUUAUGGAUUCGACAGUGGUGUUUGAUCGUUCGUCUAGUCCUUCUAGAUUUCUUAUCUACCAAUUUGGUGGCCGAGAAUUCAAAAUGCAUUCUACAAGAUCAGAGUCAUUAUUGCUGGGAAUUGAUGAUAUUGAUACAAUCUCACUAACAAUUAAAGAAUUUGUCUGGUCCAAAACUUCGUCGUAUCAUAUGGAAUUUCUCAAUCAAAUAUCGUCCAAUGUCAAGGAUCCUUCACAUUUGUAUGAAUCGAUCGAUAAAAUUACUAAACAAGAAGAGCUUAACCCAGGUUAUUAUGGCACGGUCGGUUCCGGCCGGAAGUUCAAACGUAGGUUCCAGUCAUUUCCCGACCGUUUCCUGCAAACUUCGAGCUGGAAACGGCCAGGAACCUGCCGGAGCUUGCUGGAAUCGGCGAAAACUGUGCCGGAACCGACUCAGAUUUCAACGGAUCCAGUGGCCGGAAUGAUCGACCUGGGUUAG